AUGAAUGCCUUUUUUGAUGGCUAUGUUCAUGCUAAGACAAACUUGAAAGAGUUUGUCAAUCAAUAUGAUAAUGCCUUGAAAAAGAAAAUUGAGAAAGAAAAUGUAGCGGACUUCCACUCAUUUAAUGUCACAAUUCCCUGCAUUUCAAGAUCUCCAAUUGAAAAGAGGUAUCAAGAUUUGUACAAGAAUGGAAAGUUUAGGGAAGUUCAGCAACAACUUGCCCGCAUUAUCAACUUGGACCCAAUUUUACUCAAGGUGGAUGGUACCAUAAAGACCUAUGUAGUAGACGAUGAAGUUUGUCUCGAAGAGUUCACUAAGUUGGUUACACAUUCAGUGGACUUUAGUCAGGAAGAUACAUCAGUCAAGUUUUCUUGUGAGUUUUUUGAAAUGAGGGGGAUAGUAUAUUUUGGAUCGAUGGAGGAAGGACAUCAAAAGAAGAUACAUGUUAAUCCACAGCAGCUACGACACAGUCCAGCAACGGGAGGAUUCUUAGCUUAUUCAACUCUUUUGAACAUUUGUUAUAAGAUGAUUACUCAUACUGCGGGUUCGAGAGAACAUACUUUGGAUGCAACUAAUAAGUUGCUUGCAAUGAUUGACCUGUAUUCUGGCAAUCAAGAUCUCCCAUCGUACACCCAAAAUUGUCCCAAUGUUGCUGGUACAACAAAUGUUUCAGCUACUAUUGGUUCUUUAAAACAAGUACUCAGUCCACAUGUUGUGAGAGGGAAAGGGAGACCCUUAUCUCUGAGGAGAGCAUCUAGGAUGGAGAGAGACCUGCGAAAAGUAAAGGAGAAGACGAAGCGAGCAUAG